CUUACUGACCAUUGCACGGAGGAGGCCUUUGCUAGGCUCGACCUUAGUUUGUGUUUAUUGACCAUGCCAUCUGUCGUGUUCCGGUACUAGAGUCUAAGCAGCGUAGCUCUAGCUUGCGUUGCUUACCGGGUGGUCACCAGACGCACCGACGAACUGUCGAGGGAAGAUCAUGCGGUCUGUAACGUGCAAACGGAUCGAUGGGGCCGGCGCCGUGGUGACACGCGGCCCGCUCUCCGACGGGUUACCUGCUCCUACCGCGGUGCCGAUUACGACGCCGACAAGCAUGGCUGCAGGACCGGCUUCGUCCUCGUCAGGAGCGGCGGGUCCGUCCGGAUCGCAGACUGGCGACGGU